GGAAAUCCUGCGCUCAUUUUCUACUUCUUCAUCCCCAUCCCCAUCCCCAUCCCCUCCCUGGACCCCCACAACCGAAGUCAAUUUGAAACCCUAGAAAACCCUCUUUUCCCGUCACUUUCCCACCAGCCAAACACCAUCCCAAGCACCGGAACUUAAAAUUGAAUCAAAAUACUAGCAUAUCCCCGCAAAACUCCAACUGGGUCAAUCUUAAAAUCCGCAAUGAAUAUCACCUCCGCCAUGCGCACCAAAUCGAUUUGAAUCAAACUUUGUGGAAUUUAUUUAUUAUUUUAUUUUUUUGGAAGAAUUUUGGAUAUGGGGGCGGUAACGUCGUCCAUGGCGGCGAAGUUCGCGUUCUUCCCGCCGAGCCCGCCGUCGUAUGGGGUGAAGGAGGAGGAGGGGGAGGGUGGGAAGCUGAUAAUGACUGGGGUGGAAACGAGGGAAAACGUUGACGUUUUGAGGUUGAGAACCAAGAGGGGGAGCGACGUCGUGGCGGUGUACAUUAGCAACCCCUCGGCGUCUCUGACGAUGCUGUACUCGCACGGCAACGCGGCUGAUCUGGGUCAGAUGUACGGGUUGUUCUGUGAACUCGGUCUCCACCUCCGAGUCAACUUUAUGGGGUAUGAUUACUCGGGGUACGGGCAGUCUACUGGGAAGCCAAGUGAGCAGAACACUUACGCAGACAUAGAGGCCGCAUAUAGAUGCCUUGUAGAGAAGUAUGGAACAAAAGAGGAAGAUAUUAUCUUGUAUGGGCAAUCGGUUGGUAGUGGGCCCACAUUAGAUUUGGCUACCCGGUUACCGAAUUUGAGGGCUGUAAUUCUCCACAGUCCAAUCUUGUCUGGCCUCCGGGUCAUGUAUCCGGUGAAGAAAACAUACUGGUUCGACAUUUAUAAGAAUAUUGAUAAAAUACCCUUUGUCAAUUGUCCAGUUCUGGUAAUUCAUGGAACCGCUGAUGAUGUUGUUGGUUGGUCCCAUGGUAAGCAACUUUGGGAUCUAUGUAAAGAGAAGUAUGAACCAUUGUGGAUUAAAGACGGGAAUCAUUGUAACUUGGAGCUUUUCCCACAAUACAUUAAGCAUCUCAAAAAAUUCAUAUCAGCCAUUGAGAAAUCACCACAUAGGAGAAAUGGAUUUGGGCCAAUUACAGAUCAACAAGAAAAUCCCAGGAACAGCACAGAUUGUAGAGAGAAAUCCAGACCCAGCAUAGAUCAGAGAGAGAAGUCUCGACCGAGUACGGACAGGAGGGAAAAGCCAAGGCUAAGCACAGACCGAAAAGAGAAGUUGAGAGCCAGUACAGAUAGGAGAGAUAAAUCAAGAAAGAGUAUCGAUCAGCCUGAGAAAGCGAGUAAUGUCACUGAUCGGCCUGAGAAAGUGAGUAACGUCACCGAUCGGCCUGAGAAAGUGAGUAACGUCGCAGACCAGCCAGAGAAAGCGAGAAACAGCAUUGACCGUUUCGGGGAGAUGGUGAGAUCAGUCGGAUUAUGCAAUAUUGAUUGUUUCAAACCCACAGCUACAAGUGUUUGAAGAAGAGAACAGAUCAGUCCACAUAUUGAAGGUUGCAUUUUGCUCUUAUUUUAAUUUAUUUGAUUGGUUGAGGGGGUGUUUUGGUGGUAUAAUUAUGUUGUUUCUUAUCCAUUUUCUAGAGGAAAAAUAGUAAAUUAAUUUAUCCAGGACAAUCAUACAUCUCAUGAUUGUCACUCCAGCUUAAUAAAUCUUGCCUCUCUCGUGUGCAUGUGGCUUUUUGUUGUUCAUCAACUAUAUUGCAACAUGGGAAGUGCUUUCUGUCAGUUAAGUUUCUA